AUGGCAGUGGGCCAAUCUUCCUGUGCUCUGACGCCUGGGCAGGGGGCCAAUCUGGCGUUUGAGGAUGUGGCUCAGUUGGUGGAGUGCCUCCGGGCGCACUCGCAUGUCAGUGAUGCUCUUCGCUCCUUCCAAUCCCUCCGUAUGCCACGUGUGCAAGCGGUGGCAGCACGAUACGCCGCUGCUUCAAGGAAGCUGUAUGACGAGAAAAAAGGGAAGAACGCAGCAGGGAAUGAGGGAGGAUCAGGCGGUGAAGAAAGUGAGGUGGAUCCAGCGCCGAAGUUUGAAGAGGUUCAAGCGGCAAUGGCUGCAGUGGCGGCACGAGAGGGGCGUGAUCCUGACGAGGAUCUGUAUGGUUAUGACAUUGCUGUUUGGGAGGAGGAUCAUCGUAUUGCGAGUGCUCCGCACUAA